AUGGAGAACUUCCCAAAGCACAUUGACCAAGCUCUGCCCGUAUUAGGUAAGGUUUCUACACAACCACGCGCAAGGGACAACGUUAAACGCGCAACACACCUUUCGCUUCCGAAAUUAAUCACCCAGACACGCAAGGGAACUGAGCCGGUACGGAUCCCCACUCCCCAGGUUUCUCAUUUCAUGAAUGUAAUGGCACUGUAUCCUCCCGAGCCAGCCGCUUCUCUGCCACUCAUAAUCUCCCCAACUUCGCCCACUUCCAAGUCUUUCAUCAAGGCUUGUGGGGAGGUUGUUCCCGAUCCGUAUUUAACGGAUAUACCAACUCCUAUAACGAUACAAUUCACCGAGGCUGAAGCAGAGGAGCUAGAGCAAUGGAGAGAAAUAGUAGGGGGUAUGCGUGAUGCUCAUUCAGAGGCUUUAGAUCAGUUCAUGGACAACCCAUACGACACCGAGAUUAGAAAAAGGGUGAGAAAACUUCGUACUGAACGUGAACAGAAAGCUGUUGCUAUGGCACAGAUUCAUGAGCGUCGCCAAAUUCGAAAAGCUUUCAGAAAGGAUUUCAAUGACUUCCUGCCAGGCUGGUAAGAUGAUAGCUGGUAAGCUAGGAUGCAAUUCAUUCC